AUGUCUCCGACAAUAGAUUCUUUACCAAAAAAAGAUCUCAUACGUGAUCAUGGUAUCAAAAGAACUCAAAGGCCUAUUGAAGUGCCUGCAUUAUCAUUGAACGAAUUGAAAGAAAAGAUUGCGAAUUUUGGAUCGAAGGCUUUGAUUGGUGAGGGUUCUUAUGGAAGAGUUUAUUAUGCAAAAUUGGAAAAUGGAAAAGUUAUGGAUGUGAAAAAGCUUGAUGUUUCUUCCGAGACUGAAUCAAAUGUUGAGUUUCUUACCCAGGUUUCAAGGGUUUCUACAUUGAAGCAUAACAAUUUCGUUGAGUUGCAAGGUUACUGUGUCGAAGGAGAUCACCGUGUGCUUGCAUACGAGUUUGCGACAAUAGGAUCACUACAUGACGUAUUACAUGGCAGGAAGGGGGUUCAAGGGGCACAACCAGGUCUUGUGCUUGACUGGAUGCAACAGCUUACAAUUGCGGUUGAUGCGGCAAGGGGCUUGGAGUACUUGCACGACAAGGUUCAACCCUCUGUUAUACACCGAGAUAUCAGAUCUAGCAAUAUCCUUCUCUUUGAUGAUUUCAAAGCGAAGAUUGCAGAUUUUAACCUCUCAAACCAGUCUCCUGACAUGGCUGCUCGUCUACAUUCCACUCGAGUUCUGGGGACCUUUGGCUAUCAUGCUCCAGAGUAUGCAAUGACUGGUGGUCAGUUGACGCAGAAGAGUGACGUGUACAGUUUCGGGGUUGUCCUCCUAGAGCUCUUGACCGGAAGGAAACCUGUCGACCACACAAUGCCGCGUGGACAGCAAAGCCUCGUUACCUGGGCUACUCCAAGACUGAGUGAAGAUAAAGUUAAACAAUGUGUUGAUCCAAAACUGAAGGGAGAGUACCCUCCUAAAGGAAUUGCUAAGUUAGCAGCUGUUGCAGCACUGUGCGUGCAAUACGACGCUGAGUUCCGUCCAAACAUGAGCAUCGUCGUCAAGGCUCUCCAGCCACUGUUGAAGUCCACCGCUCCAGCACCAGAACCCGAGUCUUAAAAUCAGAUGACCCCAGAUUCCUCACGUUUCAUCUAAAUCUCAGCAACCUAUGCCCAUUUUGGAUUCAUUUAUCUGCAGAUUUCAUCAGAUCACAAAUACUAAUCGAAUCUCUUUCUUCCCAAACUUUUCAAAUAUAACAUGAACAUGUGGGAUUGAGUCCAACCGUUUACCACCGCCACAAUGAUCUGCCUGA